AUGAAUGAUGGAGACGUAGAGAUGCUCCCGCCCACCGUCCCGGACUCUUCAAUGGCCGUGGAUUCGGGCGAAGAACCCAAGUAUGGUGGCUACUCGCGUUUUGAGAUUGAGCUUGAGUUCGUGCAGUGUCUAGCGAACCCGUACUAUCUCAACCAUCUCGCCGCCCAGAAAUACCUCUCGCGCCCCGAGUUUGUUGCCUACCUCGACUACCUCCAAUAUUGGGCGCGGCCGCCUUACCUGAAAUAUCUCACAUACCCGGGCCCUACGCUGCGUCAUCUCGAGUUGCUACAGCAAGAGAGGUUCCGGAGAGAUAUCUUGAGCCCAGACCUAGUGCAAAGAUUGGUGGAGGAGGGAAUGAAAUCGGCAGUGGUCUGGCACGCACAGGCGUAG